ACAUUACCUGUGACGUCAGCCGAGAAUUCCACUUUCCAAGAUGGCUGUUCCAAAGAGUACUCCUCGCGAUGCUCAAGUAAUGGCUGCUAUUCUAAAAGAUAUGGGUGUUCAAGACUACGAACCGAGAUGUAUAAACCAAAUGCUGGAAUUUGCCUACCGAUAUGUUACUGAUGUCCUUGACGAUUCAAAAGUCUAUUCUUCCCAUGCAAGUAAAAAAAAUAUUGAUGGUGAUGAUGUUCGUCUGGCUAUCCAGUGCCGGAUGGAUCACACAUUUACAACUCCUCCACCUCGAGAUUUACUCAUGGAAAUUGUUCGUACCAAAAAUUCACAGCCUCUGCCUUUGAUCAAACCAUACUCAGGUCCCAGACUUCCACCAGAUAGAUAUUGUUUGACUGCACCUAAUUAUAAGCUAAAAAGUACUAAAAAGCACAAACUACCUAUGAAUCUUCCUGUAAAUCAAUAUUCUACAACACUUCCAUCACAAAGAAUUAGUUUAACACCACUACAACAGAAUAUAUCUGGAAAAUUAGGAUCUAGUAUUGGCCUAUCAGGCUCAGGGAAUCCUACUUUGACAGUGGUAACAAAGGGAGUCAGUUUGCCAACAGUUACUAUUGUUAGUAAACCUGUGUCUUCCUCAAGUACAACAAUCAGUCAAAAACCAACAAUAAGGAUUACAACAGGCGGUCCUAAACCAGCAACCAGCAAUUCUAACAUCCAAAGUGGUACUGGCAACCAACAUAGCCAAGUAACAAUGAAUACAACUAGCUGCCACGUAACUGGGAGUAAUGCCGUUUCUAACACAAGUAUUAUAUCCACUGGUGGUACCUCUCUGGUUACUCCUCAAACCAUCAACAUUAAUCCACAACAAACUUCACAAAUUGGUUCAACCAUUCCGACUGCUGGUGUUAGUAAUCCUCUCAAAAGGAAGCUUCCUGAUGAUGAUUAUGAUAAAGUUUGAAACUACAUUUACAUACAUUCAAAUACAUGUACACCACACACAAAAUUUAGAUUAAAUUUCCUUUUUAGUGACGGGGAAACUAGAAUAUAUGUUUGCAUAUUUCUAAAUAGCAUUUUAUGCAGAUACAUAAAGUGAAAGUGAGGGCAAUUUUUUUAAAAUUCAUUUUUACAUUUCAUUUGUGUAUCUGCGCAAAAGUUUGUUUUGAGAAGACAUAACUAUACACAUGCAUGUCUACAUACAAAAAGGAAAUUACAUAGAUACACAGAUCUCAUCACAUUCUAAGGAACUAAAAUUUUUCAAAAACAGUGACCUUGUGACAUUGAAUUUAAAAAAAAAAACCUGAAGGCUUAUCACAAGCCUGUUAUAUAUUUUCUAAUCUUUGAAAUUUAAGAUUUCAGUGUAUUUAGUGCUUAACUAUAAUAAGUGACAAAACGAUGCUAAAUUCUUUUAUAAAAACCUUCAACUUUUUCAAAUUAUCAGCUGUUCUAGACUGGUUAAAUGUCUAUAUGCACUAAAACUUUUAAAAAUUAUAUUUGUGUACCAAUAGUUCAGUGUAUUGUAAAGCAUUUAUUAAUUGAAAAUUCUUUGAGUCUUCAGGUGACCAUAAAAUUCUUUUCCAAAAUCUUUA